AUGUUGUCCAGACUUAUUGAACUUAAGCAAUUUUGCAUGACUAAUAAUCAAAUUAUCUUAUCUUCUAAUGAUUGGAAUUCAGUUGAAAAUAUGGUUACAGCUUUAGAUCCAGCUAAAAUUGCCACAGUCCAAAUGCAAUCGACCUCUUUAACUAUUGGUGAUGUGUAUGGUAUUUGGUUAGACUCAAACGUCCUUAUCAAAAAUAAAUAUUCCACUAUCAAAAACAUUAAUAAAAAAAUAUGGCUGAACGACAAAAAAACAUUUUUACCAAUCCUGUAUUUGAAUCAGCUAUUUAUCUAG